AUGGAGGCCUCUACUCCACUGAAACGGUCUGCCGAUGACGACUUGGAGUCUCCCCGAGAGAGCAAUCGUCGGUCUGUGCCCAAGAUUUCCAAAGCUCGUGCCUGCGCCGAGUGUAAGCGCCAUAAGAUUCGCUGUGAGUUCCGACCGGGCGAGACAACCUGUACGAAAUGUAUCCGCAGCGGUAUCAAGUGCGUCGUGAACGACUUUUCGCAGAAAUUCGUCGACGAUGAUGGGAUAUGGAAAUCCCAGGCGAAUGCGACAAUGCAUCAGCUGCAGGCAGCUGUCUCGCACCUCUUGCGACAGGGUGGACUGCCCGAGCUCUCAACAUAUCCUUCCGGGGACAGUCAGAAUGGCCCCAGUCCCGCUGCUUCGCACCAUGCUCAGCGUCCCUCGAUUGAUAGGUCGCAGACACAUACCAGUCAUCAGGAGGGGCCGGGGGUAGUCAUGGAUGUCACUCGGGAACCGUCGCCAGAGCAGGACCUCCAGAACCCAGAAUUGGUGCCGGCCCCCAUGCGCAGCUUAUACGAAGUGACCAAACUACGGAAUCUGAGAAAUAAUCAUGUCGAGGCACCCAAGCAGACAUUGCUAGAGGAGGAUUUCAUCUCGCGCGGGUUAAUUUCGCUCCAUGAAGCGGAGGAAUUAUUCGCCUACUUCAGCCGCACCAUGAACCAGCUACUCUGGGGUGGGAUAAUUCUAGUCCAUCGCGAUCUAACAUCGGUCCGUCGCGCUUCGACGUUGCUCUCCGCUGCCGUUUUGACUGUCGCAGCACUUCACAUUCCGAAUCGCACUGAGACGUUGAACCGGUGCUAUGGCGAGUAUGUCUCGCUCGUAUCCACUAUGGCCCUUACGCGAGCCCACACGUUGGAUGAUAUCCGUGGGCUUUGUGUGGGCGCAUUUUGGCUGUCAGAGUUGAGCUGGAAGCUAUCUGGCCAUGCAGUGCGAAUCGCGACCGAGAUGGGCCUUCAUCAGAGUUACCAGCGCCUGACCCGCGGACACACGGAUCAGUAUGAGCGCGCCCAGCUCUGGUACUUGCUUUAUGUCUGCGAUCAUCAUUUUAGUAUUGCCUACGGUCGGCCACCCGUGAUCCACGAGGAUGUAGUCAUUCGCAACUAUGAGACCUUUCUCGCGCUGCCCAUGGUCGUGCCAGGAGACAUUCGGCUUCUAGCUCAAGUGGCCCUAUUUAUGAUUCUGACCGAGGCUUAUCGCAUGUUCGGUAGCGAUACUGAACAAGCGUUGACUGAGGAGGAUUUUGGACAGUUGCGCGUAUACAACGUUGCGGUUGACCAGUGGCGGCUCCUUUGGCAACCUCGAUCUGCUGAUAGCGCCUAUGUGCGGACUUAUCCCUCGAAAGGAGUGGUGCUACACUAUCAUUUUGCCAAAUUCCAACUGAACUCGCUUUCCCUCCGAGCGCUGUCCCCAUCCAAUUCCCCGGUAUUUUCUAUGGAUCGCAAAGAAUCCGCCAACAUCGCGAUUUCAUCAGCGAUGGCAUGUCUCAAUAUGGUACUCGAGGAGCCCGAUAUCCGGGAUGCGAUAGUCGGCGUUCCCAUCUUUACUCACACUAUGGUUACAUUCUCUGCCGUGUUCCUAUUGAAGGUCGCCAUCAACUGGAACACAUCAUACCUCAGUAUCAACGCUCGCCAAAUCCGACGACUAGUCGAGCGCGUGAUCGAGCUUAUGAACUGCGUCUCUGCAGGCGAACGACAUCUAACCCGCCACAUCGCGCGCGGUUUGGGUAAGAUGCUUGAGCGCUUCGACUCGUGGGAGGCAGCCUGGCAAUUCCGAGGGAGCGAUGAGACAGCCGUCGAAGGACGCGAAGUGCCCGGAGGCGCGAACGCCAUGGCGCAGGGAUUCCCUCCGCCGGACUUAAUUUAUGGCAUGGUCGGCACGUACGGAUUCGGUCUUGACGAGAAUCUGCUUGACCCGAGCAUGGCGGAUUUCGAAUUCCUGACACAAUGA